AUGAAGGAAGAGAUCGUCGCGCUUCUCCCCGACCUGCGUGCAUUUGCGCGCUUCAUGUGCCGCGAGCGGGAAUCUGCUGACGAUCUCGUGCAGAACACCAUUCUAGCGGCCCUCGACAAACAUGAGCAGUUCACGCCUGGCACCAAUUUGAAGGGCUGGCUGUUCACGAUCAUGCGGAACCGCUUCUAUUCCGAUCUGCGUACGCUGCGACGACGCCCUCUCACCAUCGACAACGAAGCUGCCGCACCGCUUCCCGCAGUGGACAAUCCGGAGGCGACGCUCGCCUUGAAGGAACUUUCCUCGGAACUCUGGAAGCUCAAUCCACAGUCGCGCGAGGCGCUGGUGCUGAUCGGUGCCGGCGGAUUUUCCUAUGAAGAAGCCGCCAGCCUCUGCGGCUGUUCCGUCGGCACUCUCAAAGCGCGCGUCUCACGCGCCCGCAAGUUUCUCUCCGAGAAGCUGCAAUAA